AUGCCUUUAUCUAAAACUGUUUCAGUAAGAAGCCGCCCACACCCACUUGGACGAGUAAAAGAAACUUCUGAAGUGGGCACGAGGAACGGCUCCGGCCUCAGCAAGUAUCCCGUCAUCGUGUUCAUCCACGGCGAGUCCUACGAGUGGAACUCCGGCAACCCCUACGACGGCUCCGUCCUCGCCAGCUACGGCGGCGUGGUCGUAGUCACCAUCAACUACCGCCUGGGCAUCCUGGGCUUCCUGAACGUGAACCCGGGCGACGAGCAGCGCGCGCCCUCCAACUACGGCCUCAUGGACCAGAUCGCGGCGCUGCACUGGGUGCAGGAGAACAUCGCCGUGUUCGGCGGCGACCCGGCCAGCGUCACCGUCAUGGGCCACGGCACGGGAGCCGCCUGCGUCAACCUGCUGAUGACGUCUAGCGCCGUGCCCGACGGCACGCUGUUCCACCGCGCCGUGCUGAUGAGCGGCUCGGCGCUGGGCCCCGGCGCGCUGGUCGACAACCCGGGCCACUACGCGCGGCAGGUGGCGCGCCACGCCGGCUGCUCCCCGGACCAGCCCGCCACGCAGCUGCUGCGCUGCCUGCGCGACCGGCCGCUAGAGGCGCUGCUGUCGGCGGCGGUGCGCGCGCCAGACUUCUCGCCCGCCUUCGGGCCCAGCGUGGACGGCGUGGUGGUGGACGGCGGGGAACCGCCGCCUCCUCCCUCCGAGGGCUCCUCCUCCUCCUCGUCCUCCUCCUCCUCGUCCUCCUCCUCGUCCUCGCCCUCCUCCCCGCUGGAGAGCAAGGCCGUGGUGUCGCGCCUCGCGCGCUACGACCUCCUCUUGGGAGUGGUGCGCGCCGAGGCCUACCUCGCCUUCUCCGGGGACGACGUGCUGUACGGCAUCGAGGCGGACCGCCGCUCCAAGAUCCUGCGCACCUUCGUCCGGAACACCUACAGGUACCACCUGUCGGAGAUCCUGGCGACGAUCGUGAACGAGUACACGGACUGGGAGCGGCCCGUGCAGCACCCCAUCAACAUCCGCGACGAGACCCUGGAGGCGCUGAGCGACGCGCAGGUGGUGGCGCCCGUCGUGCGCACCGCCGACCUGCACUCCACGGCGCGCCGCAACUCCUACCUCUACGUCUUCGACUACCAGACCAAGUUCGGCGACUACCCGCAGAGGCAGGGAUGCGUGCGCGGGGAGGAGCUGCCCUACGUGUUCGGCGCGCCGCUGGUGGGCGGGCUGUCGCACUUCGGCCGCAACUACACCAAGUCGGAGAUGCUGCUGUCCGAGGCCACCAUGAUCUACUGGAGCAACUUCGCGCGCACGGGGAACCCGAACGAGCCCCAGGAGGCGGACCUGGUGCACGGCAUACGGCAGGAGAGGAACCGCUUCAAGAACAUCGAGUGGGCUGCCUACGAGGCCGUGCACAAGAAGUACCUCAGCCUGGACACGAAGCCCAAGGUGAAGUCGCACUACCGCGCGCACCGCCUGUCCUUCUGGCUGAACCUGGUGCCCGACCUGCACCGGCCCGGCGGCGAGGACGUGCCCGCCUCGCACCACCUGCUGCCCGGCGACGGCGACGACUACCCGCCGCCCCCGCCGCCUCCCACCCCGGCGGGCCCGCCCCCCGCCGCCCCCGCCACCCCCGCCGCCGCGGGCCCCGACGCCUCGCCCGAGACCUCGCCCGGCAACGCCUCCGCCACCAGCCAGCCGCUGCUGCCGUCCGAGGAGGCGGCGUCACCCGGCCCGUCCGCCCCCGCCGCCGCCGCCCCCGAGGACGGCUUCGCCGCCUACUCCACGGCGCUCAGCGUCACCAUCGCCAUCGGCUGCUCGCUGCUGGUGCUCAACGUGCUCAUCUUCGCCGGCGUGUACUACCAGCGCGACAAGACGCGCCUGCACCAGGAGGCGCCCGGCGCGGCGGCGGCGGCGGCGGCCAAGAAGCGCGCCGAGAACGGCCAGAUGCCCAACAGCAUCUGCGGCGACCUGCUGGUGGAGGGCGUGGUGAAGGCGUCUUCCGACCACCACCGCCACCACCACCACCACCACGCGCACCGCCAGCUGCCACCCCCGGAGUUCGCCGACCUGCCCGCCGCCGGCCGCGCGGACCCCGCCGCCGUGCCGCGCCCGCCGCCUCCCCCCAGGACGCCCAAGCCGCCGCCGCCCGAGACGCAGCCGCUGCUGCCGUCGCACAACAUGCAGCUGCUGGGGGCGGCGCCGGCGGCCAAGACGCGCGCGGCGCAGAUGGAGGAGCUGCGCGUGUGA